AUGGGUGUGCACGGGAAGUAUAUCAUCACCCACCCUAAGAGCACGACGUUCUCCAAGGCGCUCAACAGAAUCCUGCCGCACCGCUUCAGGAAGUGCGAUGACUGCCACUACAAAGAGAAAGACUGCAUAUGUAGCUUUCAGUUCUACAGAGGAGAUGGUUUCCUUGAGCAGCAUCUGGCAGGUGUGGGAGAGCCAAACGUCACAGUCACUCGAGCAGGCCCUCCGAGCGGCGUCCUCCCUCACGACAACCACCACCACCCAGGAGCGAAGCCGCCACCUCACCAUCACCACCACAACAACCAACAACAACAGCUCCAGCGAGGACGUCCCUUCCCUAACCUCUCCUCCACGGUCACCUCCACCCCUCGCCACCGCCUCAUUCUCUCCUGCGCCAUUCCCACCCAUUCACAACACCCCUCCCCCACAGAGCCCUCCCCCGCCCCCCGACGCGUGGAUACACCUCCCCGUGUCCCCGAAAUUGUCCCCCCCUCCCCCCCUGAGCACCUCCACCCCCACCAGCAGCGCGGGACCGACGGUGGAGUACGACGCCCCGGUGUUGGUCUCCCACACGUGGACCGGAGCCUCCACCACCAGCAACACCACCGCCAGGGUAGGCCGCCGCUAACCACAUCAACCACAACCACAACCACCACCACUACCAUGCCUGUUAACGGGUUGGGGAGCUUGGGCCUCGGUGGGGUCGGUCUAGGAGGUGGCGGGCCUCUCUCCUCCCCCCCUCCACCUUCCUCCCUCCUCCUACCACCUCCACCUCCUCUCCCAACUAACAUCACCACCCCCACCACCACCCCCACCUCCAUCUAUGACCCCAACACCAAUAUUCUCAAUAAUAACCACCACCAUAACAACAACAACCAGCUUAACCUCCUCCAAAACUUCGACACCACCUCCUCCACCACCUCCUCGUCCAUCUCCAACACCAACACGUCCUCCAUCUCCGUGUCCUCCCGCUGCCCGCCGCUUCACGACCUGCACGACUACACCGGUGACGGGUCUGAGGGUGACAACUAUCAGACCGGCAGCGGGGAUGGGUCGGAGUGUGAGCCGUGCCACAUCCAGCUGGACGAGCGCCUCAUCAAGAGCUACCCCAUCUGGUUCCUGCCUGACCUGCAACGAUCUGGCGCCGUUCACCUUCUGCAGGGCAAGGACGAAGGGAAUUUCAUCGUGCGACAGAGCAGCCAGCAGAACACCCAGGCCCUCAGCGUGCGCCUCCCGCCGGACAAGGGGCCCUACAUCCAGCACUACCUCAUAGAGAUCCACAACGAAGGAACCUCGUACUCGCUCGAAGCUUCGGAAAACCGCUUCGACACCCUUCCCGCGCUCAUCGCCUACUACUCGCAGUGCUGUGACGAGUUACCGGUCCAGCUCAAGCUUCCCCGCAGUAUCCAGGACGCCAAGACCCGCCAUGAGAUCAGCUCCCUCUCUCUCCUCGGCCAAGAAUUUUGGGACACAGUAAUGGCUAGCCCCACCGCCAGCACCCCCACAGCUGAGAGCUACCACAGCCACAGUGCUGCUCCAACACCCUCGCCUCGCCCACACGACCUCUCCUUCAGCAGUUUUGGAAAAGGUGGCAUUACACGAGGAACAUCUUCCACCAGCCUCCUGUCUCCACAAACCCUGUCAGGAAUGUGUGCCUCUGGAGGGUCAGUGGGCAGCUCUGGGGGAGGCUCCACAUCUCCACUGACGCCAGUAAGGCCAGCUCCUCCGCUUCCACCUCCUGGUGAUCGAUCAUCCCUGAAUCUUAACUUGGCCCCCCUUGAAGAGUUCUUAAAAGAGCAGCCAACAUUCACUUCUUUCCGCUCCCAACCAGCCACUCCAGUCAGUCAGCUAAAGCCCAGCACUCCCAGCACAAAGCCAGUGCCUCCACCUCGUUCUAGUCCACCUGGAGUGCAGAGGACUAACCAGAUCAGUCCACCAAGUGCACAGAGAUUGAUAAGCAAGCCUGUGCCUGCAGCUAGGUUCAGCUCUCCCAUAGGAUCUGAAAUAGGAACACCCACCAGUGAUAACGGAGAGCUAAUUCCCCGUCAGACCCAAGCACCAGUGCCCCCGCCUCGCUGGGCCCGACCCUGCAUAACAACGUCACCCUCGAACAUUACUGUCACAACCACCCUUACCCUCAACGUUAAUCAAGUAAAAGCUCUCCCACUGCAGGUCGAUGAAAAUCAGCAAGGAAUGACUGUUCACAUAGCCAAUCUUGAAAUUUCCCCCACAAAUAGCAACAAGUCCCACACAAAUGCAGUUAGCUCUACGCCAAAUGAUAACCAAAGUGGAACCUUAAAUGGCUACAGAGACGGCCUUCAUUUGCAGAUCCGACAACAGAUUACCUCGCCCCAGAGCACCCCUUGCACCCCCUGCGGACCGAGCACCCCUGUUGGUGAGGAGGGCACUGGCAUGUCACGGGUCAGAAUGAGGAGCGGGAAGAGAGACAAACGGAGGCAUUCCAAUCACUACCAUGAGGCAAAUAUCAUUGACUCUAACGCCCUCUACCGGUCGUCUGUGGUUGACAAGAUGAGUGACUAUGAGGAUCUCUGGUCCAGUCCUCCCCGUGAGUUGCCCACAACACCAAAUGCAUCCCAGCCCAAAAUGUCAACCUUCAAGCCUCGUAAUGAAAUCUCAAAGUCAAUGGGGGAUUUGAGUGAAAUAGCUAAGAACAGUAAAACGACUCACUUUCCUUACAAUACAGAGGUCAAUGAAGGUGAUGAAAGCACAAGCAAGAAUGAAAAGUCUGGUAAUGGCAAUAGUAAUGAUUCCAUCAACUCCUACCGCAAAAAUUCCAGCCCUUUCUACAUGGAGCCAGCAGAUGCACUGAAGGAACUGCAGCCACAGGCAAGAAUUAACAAGGCCUCAAAUGCAUUGCCAAAGAAAGUAAACAACCGGUACUCUGACUCCAACAUUCAGUGGAAGACCAGGAAAAGCCACAAUUCUUUAGGUAUAAUCGAUUCCAAUGAAGACUUGCCCUCUGCGUCCAGCACAGAAUACCUGGCAAACGGGAGGCAUAAUGAUGUCACUAAUAUUAGAACAGAAGAGGAAACGAAUAGAAACAUUGAGACAGAAAAGAAUAAAGUCAAUGCAGGUCACUUAGCCAAUGGUCAUAGACGAAACGAAGCACGUCGGCACUCAAGACUUGGGGGGAGAGGAAAGCCCAUAGCACCUCCAAGAAUUGGCCUCGAUUCUCAUACCUCAAACGGAGAUCACAAUGCUGACCUCGGUUGCCAUCUCGCAUCCUCUUGGGAGUACCAGCUUCAUGGCUCGGACACAGAAGACAUGCAGGGUGGGGAGAGCAGGUUUCCAGUGGGUGACAAUGGGGAGUCUGAUAGUGUGAUCAUCCCUGGAGAAAGAACUGUGCAGGAUUUAAUCUCAGAAAAACAUCCAGAUCUGGUGCCCUCAGAUUCACAGUCCAUAGCACCAAGUUCAAUAACGCGCAUCAGCGAGUACGACAAUGUGGGGGGUCAUGGUGUCACUUUCCGAGGGGAGGAUCGUCACCACAAAGCGUCUAACAACAAAGCCUCUCGCAUCAUCCCUCCCGAAGAGCGCAUUCAUCCUCCUCUUCCCACUCACUACUUUCCUUCAACUAUAAGUGAUGCAGGCACAGAGUUCUCGGAGCCCUGGGACUCGCAUAGAUGGGAACCCUUUAUGCACUCUGAGGACGACUCUUCCGUGGACCACUACCCUCGCAGCAUGUCGGAAACCCCUGCUCUGUGCACCAACACCCUGGAGGACUCUGAUAUGGGUGGUGCUGGAGUGACUGACACGGACUCAUUUGUGCAUGUGACGGGUGAAAAGGCGACUGUUAGUGAUGAUGAGGAGACCGUAUCCAUUUCAGGGACGCCUACCUUGUCCCUCGCUCAUGCUCAUAACCUUGACACACAGCAACGCUCAAGAAUUAUGUCUCCUCAGCUCUUGGCUCUGAGACACCGGCAGGACGCUGAGAACGGUGUUGCCAUCAGGGCCUACGCUGUGGAUCUGGGCAGUGAUACCUCGACAACAUUCAGCCGAGCAGUCAGCAACUUCAUUACCUGCACCCUGGAGAGCACGGAGAAGGACCCCGCCAUUGUCACUCGCAACGUGCGACAAUUCAUGUCUGGGAUGAAGAAUUAUUUAGUGACUAGCGGAGAGAAGGAGUUUGAAGCAAUUGUAAAGAGACAACAAAGUAAUCUCAAGGCUACAGAAUUUCUGAAUCUGGAUGCCAUCUUGGAGGACGUGUUGGUCCGCCUUGUCUUGCGACCAUUGAAGGAUCACAUCAACAAGCUCUUCGUGGAUGCAUACUCUGCUAACGGUUCCAUACAGCAGCUGGCAAACAACAUGAAGUAUGCCCGCUCGCAGCAGUAUGUUCGGCUCGGAAUAAAGGCUGAACUGUCACCACCCGCGGGAGCCUCGCUGGACACAAUCCGCAGUUUACUGACACGCAUGCAGAAAGUUUAUGCUCCAAGAGAAAAACUGGAAGCUCUCUUGGCAACUAUUUCACAUAUUUACCAAGCUAUGUAUGAGAAUGGGAACACUUGCGGCUCUGGUGAUGCCGACGACCUGGUGCCCAUGAUCAUGUGGGUCUUGUGCCAGUCACGGAUGGUGUCGGCAGAGGUUGAAGCAGACUACAUGUGGGGCCUCCUCCUCCCCAGCGCUUCAUCAGGAGAAGCCUCCUACUACCUGGAGGCCUUCCACUCGGCCAUCCAUGCACUCAAGAACCUUUCUCCAUCGCCUGAGUCUUCACCUGGAAACAGUCUGGAUUCUGUAAAACCGGAUGUAUCAGUUGUGUCAGAUCAAGGCAUCAUGAAGAUCGUAAUCCCCGAUGAGAAGAAUGGCAGCAUUGUGACCCGCACAUUGCCCAUUCGACCAGCAACAACUACCCGGGAGGUGUGCAAGAUGAUGGCCCACAAGCUCAAGGUCACAAACCCUCAAGACUAUGGACUUUACAAACUCGUGGAUGGUCUUGAGAGCCUGCUGACAGACAACGAGUGUCCCCACAAGGUGAAGUCUGACCUGACCAACUCCGGCUCCCACUGCACAUUUGCAUUCAAGCGCAUAGAUGCCAAGAUUGCAUGGCCAAUACUCUCGUGAUCAAAAUCAUUUACUUGAAUCUGAUCCAAAAUGUCUCCAAGAACAUAUCUCUGUCCUUGGAUUGUCUGCAGUGUACUGGCUCAUGCAUGUGCCAUGACAAAUCAUAUGUAAAAAUCAUCAUACCACAAAACAAUAACACUUUUUUAGAUCUGAAGGUUUGUGUUCCAUAUCCUGUAACUGCUGCACCAGGUCCUCAGCUGAAGCAUAUUGUAUGCCUGCUCAGCUGUGGGCCCAAGUAUAUGCUUGUGUGGUGUGUAGAAGUAAGAUUAAAAAUUCAAUAUGUGUAAAGUUGACAAGCAUAUGUUAUGAAUUUUUAAUAUUCACUCUUUGUGAAACUUUAUACUGCUUGGGCAUUAAUAUAAUUCUACAGAAGAAAUUUCAUCUCAGGAAAGAGAAAAAAAAUGUUUUCUACCCUUUUUCUUUCCUUGUAAAUGUGCCGCCUUCACCACUUACACUAGAACUUAAUAUUUUGUGCCAGAUGCCAUCAAAAGGUCUCACAGCACAAACAAAAAUCACUGUAGAAUAUAUUUUGUUACUGUUAUUUCGUAAUGAAAUCUUUUAGAAAACAUUAGCUUAUUUUCACAUUUACCUUUUCUCUUUGCAUCAUCAAAUCUUUGGGGAAGUAAAAAUAUAUCCUUCCCUGACAUCAAGAUUAAGAAUACACAUCCCCACGUGCCGAUGCCUGUUGUGUGAGGCGGCUGAGAGACGCGUAGCCGCUGCAAUACAGGAGGCUGAGGCAAGGACAGGGCCUUCCUCCUCACAUAUUUUUGCCUAGAUGUCAAAAUGGUCAUCAUUUGAUAAUGAUGAUGGAGGAAAACAAUCUGUUUAGUGUAUUUGGAGGACCAAAUGUGUGACUUUAGCUUUCCUCCUUUGGUGCAGGACAGUGGCGGGCGAGCACCCUGCCUGUGACCUAUCCUAAGUUACAUUCUGCCUUCAUCACAACCUUUUUCUGAGUCUGUACAUAUUGUUUAUAAUUAUGUCACAGUUUUUUGUGUAUAAUUAAAGAAUCUCACCUUGCAUAUUAUGUAAAGUGUGUCGAUGUGAAUCAUCCUGAAUAUGCUAUGUAUCUACACGCAAAGUUCACCUAUUUAGGUUUACAUUCGCCAACAUUAUCGAUAUGAAUUAUAUUUCACCUUUUAUGAACUUGAAUUAGGUUUUGUUACUGGACCCUCUUUAAUCAUCAAUGCAGGAGCUUGCACAACUUUCAGUAAUUAUAUAACACCAUUUGAGAAGCUAUUACUUAUUUAAUUAUAUUUUAUUUAACUUUUUUGUCACAAGGCUGAUUUUAUUAUCUGCCGUGGUGACUUCUGUGGCACUGACGUCAGCUGCUCUUAUGAAAUAGGCCUUAGUUUUUGCUCAAUAUGAUACAUUUGAUGCAACUGCAUAUUACAGUUUAUAUGCAACUGCAUUAUACAAUAAACUGGUGUUGAAAUACCAGCAUAAUGGUCCACUCUGAACUAUAAGCUGUUUGUACAUUUUUUACAGUGGGAACAAGAGUGGCAUGCUGUUUAUCACAGUGCAGAAAGGAAACUUUUUGAUAAUUUGAAUAUUUCAAAACAUGAACCCAUGAGGCUGUUUAUCAGCUAAUAGUGGAUUGAAACUUAUUUAUUUUUAUCACAAUCCCGGAGAGAUGAACUGUUUGUAUAGAGUGCCAUCUUUAUUUCAUUGUUUUCCUGCAACGCAAGUGAAUAGCUCCUGCGUCCUGAGCUCAGACGCUUUCAUUUUCAUGCCAGUGAAUUAUUUUAUACUUUUAUAAAGAACUCUAACCAUAUCACACUAGGUCUAGGCUAAGAGUAGACAUUGACUAGUGUAACAUUUACAUGUCCUUUUUGUAUAUAUUGUAUUUUCUUUGCAAAUAAUGCUGAAUGGCUGUGUUACAAUUGGUGUUAGGGCCACGUAUCAGUUUGUUGUGCUUAACUUAACAUUUCUUAAAUAUUCCAUUAAGAUUUUAAACAACUGGGUACUUUUUCUCGAGAAUUACAAAUUUAUAGGUGGCCAUAUUUGUGCAGAAUGUCUAGUCAUUGCUUAGUAAUUGUAGUUGCAUUUCAAGCUUUUUAUAUACUAAUAUCAAACAUUAUUAGGUCUACUUCCAGAUCUUACGAUUGAAAAUGUAAUGGUAUAUUAGAAUUCAUAUUCCACCACAUAUGUUUCCAAAUGUCUACAAAAAUAAUAAAAUCAAUUCAAUAACUCGU